GUCUAGUGAGCUAGUGGGUACUGGCCAGUUUGCCGUGUGAUGGUCCCGCGAUCAGACGUUCGAUGUCAGUCUUUCCAUUUUACACGCUAACAAAUGCGCACGCCGUAGAAAGUCGCGCCAACGUCGAAAGUUUUGUUUUUUUUUAAACUGUAUAACAAGAUAUUUUAAUAAAAUAUCUCAGUUUUAAUCUGUGGUGAGGUAAUUACUUGAUUUCAAGCUUCAAGAAUAAGAACGUGCACUCAAUAAAAAGUGACGAUAAAGUGAUACUAAGUUUGAAAGACGUAAAACAAAAUAGUGUUUGAUGGAUUCCGGAACAUAUUUAAGAUAAAGUGAAAGUAUUAUCAUCGUGGGAUAGUCCAUUCGAGGGAAAAAUAUUGAAGUUGUAUAGAAAACAAUGGAUCACCUGUUCCGGCAACGUCGGAUUAGCAUGCCCAAGCGGACAAGUGAGCUGGUGGCGCUAGUGGCGGUGUCCUGCACUCUGUUCCUGUUCCUGCACACACGUGACCUGAGCACCAAGCUGCGCCGCAUGCAGGGCAGGCUUAACGAUGACGUCACCGCCUUCAACCACCUCACUGACAGAGUCCAAACGGAUAGAACGGAACGUGUGUACGAGUCUUCUCAAGAGUUCAAAGAAGCCCUCGAAGCUAUCAGAAGGAAUACUGGAGCGGAGCGCAGCAAACCGCAGAGGACAUUAGAGGCCGAAGAAGGUAGAUCACAAGAGGACAUUGAACAAGAACUGCUAGAUGAGCUAUCGCUCCCUGAUCCCUGGGAGCUAAACAACACAGCGCGCUCUGAGAUGGAGUUGCUAUUCUUCAACCGAGUUCCGAAAGUCGGCAGCCAGACCUUCAUGGAGUUACUUCGAAGAUUGGCUAUAAGAAAUCAAUUUGGGUUCCACCGUGACGCUGUGCAGCGUGUGGAGACUAUACGGUUGGCGCCCGCGGACCAACAGGUGUUGGUGAGCGUGGUGUCCGCGCACACACCGCCCGCGUCCUACAUCAAACACGUGUGUUAUACAAAUUUCACCAGGUUCGGGUACCCGUCUCCUAUCUACGUGAAUGUGGUCCGGGAUCCAGUGGAGCGCGUCAUCUCCUGGUACUACUAUGUUCGGGCGCCCUGGUACUACGUAGAGAGGAAGCGAGCCUUCCCAGAUCUGCCGUUACCGGACCCAGCAUGGCUGAAAAAGGAUUUUGAGACGUGUGUGCUGAGCGGUGACCGAGAGUGUCGCUAUGUGGAGGGAGAGACGCACGAGGGCAUCGGUGACCAUCGCCGGCAGACGCUCUUCUUCUGCGGACACGAACCACAGUGCACGCCGUUCAACAGCCGGGAGGCGCUGCAGCGCGCCAAGCGCGUCGUGGAGCAGCAGUACGCGGUUGUGGGAGUACUCGAGGACAUGAACGCGACACUCCUCGCCUUCGAACGAUACAUACCGCGCUUCUUCAAAGGAGCUUUGAACUUGUACUGGGAAGAACUGAACACGUUCAAUCGAAUCAACCGAAACGCAUUCAAACCGCCAGUGUCGGAGGCGGUAAAGCAAAUUGUACGAGCGAACUUCACCAGGGAGAUUGAAUUCUAUGAAUUCUGCAAGCAAAGGUUAUACACACAACUACGAGCUUUAAGAGACCCUGAUAUCACACUUACGUUUCCCACCACCACAGUCAAGAAACCAACGAGAACUGACUUCCAUGACAAUUAUUUAAGACCGUAGACAUAAAUAUUUGAUAAGUGUAUUUAUUCUCCACUAUCAUCAUCAAGCCUUACCUUAGGAAAACUUCAAGAAAUUACGUUUUUUUUUCGUAAUAGGAAAAAAACUAUGUUUAGUUAUAAGACUGUUAAUUUGCAAUGCAAUAAGACAACAUCAAAAUGAUUUUCCACCAAAAAUACAUGUACAAAAGUAUGUUUUCAUUCAUCUCAUUGUCUUUAAAACAGUGUUAGCAAUAUGUUUUUGUAGUGUGGAAACUCACAGAAAAGUUGUGUGUAAAGGAAACGUGAGAUUUAAAAAAAAUCUUGAAUGAUUAGUAAUAUUUGUAUUGAAGAAUGAAGUCGUGAACAUACAGAGGCUGACAUUUUUAUAGGUUAGAAAAUUUGACAUUAAUUAAUUAAAUCUUUUAAAAAUAUAGACUAA